AUGUCUGCUACCGAUUACUAUGGCGGAACCGCCGGCGAAAAGAGCCAGUACUCCCGUCCCUCCAACCCCCCUCCUUCGUCAGGUCAUCAGAACAAAACUCAGGAGCGUGGAUACCCACCUCAACAGCAGCAGCAGCAGUAUUACCAGCAGCAGCAGCAUCCUGGAUACUACAACCAACAAGGGUACAACCAGCAAGGGUACAAUCAACAGGGUUACAAUCAACAGGGUUACAACCAACAGGGGUAUAACCAACAAGGCCAUCAACAACCCGUCUACGUCCAGCAACAACCACCUCAAAGAGGAAAUGAAGGUUGUUUGGCUGCAUGUCUGGCUGCAUUAUGUAUAUGCUGCACCAUGGAUAUGCUGUUCUAA